GGACCUGGUGGAAUCUGUCCUUUCCUACAGAGGGAGUGUAUUAAUAAGUGUGUAGAAGUUUUGUUUCUUUUCGCUCACUCUACUCUCUAGAACAUGUGCACAGACACAGGGCACAACCUUGGGUUAGAUCUGAUCUUGCCACGCUAAGAAGGCACCGGUGCUGCUCUGAAUUGCCCAGAAGAAGAAAAACACAUUCCUGCCCUCACAUGGUUAAACCUGCAAGAAAGGGAAACUUAACUGCAGAACUGGAUGUUGCUGGCUUUUGGCAGGGCAGCUGCACUGGAACUGGUGUCAGGCUUACAAGAAGAAUUGAGCCUGUCUGGUUAAUACCCCCAAGGGAUGACUGAGUAGGAUGCAGGGGAAGAGUCCCUUAUUGCUGCAUAUGCACCCUAGAAGUUAGUAUGCCUGGCUGGAGAAGUUGGAGCACCAGAGAUAAAGUUACUCUGCCUGCACUGUCUCUGCUAUGAUUGUCUGUCUAGUACUUUAUCUGCAUUACCUCUUCCUGGCUGCUGUAGCCCAGUCCAUACCUGAUGCAGACCACGCCGGCUUUGUUCCUGACUCAGAAGGUGACCUUAUCUUCCUCUUAGACAGUUCAGGAAGUGUUUCAUAUUAUGAGUUUGCCAAGGUCAGAGAGUUUAUUGGUAACCUCCUGCGACCAUUCAACUUUGGCCCAAAAGAUGUGCAAGCCAGCAUUGUGCAUAUCAGCACCAAACCUGUUCUGGAAUUCCCCUUCAAUCAAUAUGCUUCUAGCCAAGAGAUCCAAAGAGCCAUACAGAAUAUCAAGCAGCAAAUGGGAGACACGAAUACAGGCAAAGCUCUUUCUUACAUAAAGGAGAACCUCUUUGAAGAGAGGAGCGGGUCUAGGGCAGAGGUUCCAAAGGUCAUGGUGUGGGUUACAGAUGGCUUGUCCACUGAUGACAUUUCUCAACCCAUGCAGCUCUUGAAGGAUAUGGGUGUUACAGUAUUUAUUGUAAGCACCGGCAGAGGGAACUAUUUGGAGCUGUCAGCAGCAGCCAGCAAACCAUCUGACACUCAUCUUCACUUUGUAGAUGUUGACGACCUUCAUAUAAUUACCAAGGAGCUUCGAGACUCUAUCAUUGAAUUGAUACGAGCAAGGCGACUGCAUGCUCAGGAUAUAACAACCACAAGCUUUAGGCUAACGUGGCCAAGGCUCUUGUCCAGAGAGACUGGCUAUUACCUGUUGGAGCAUAAACUUGUGUCUAACCCAGAGAGGAAGUUAAGCCAAACCUUGUCUGGAGAUCAGACUGGUAUUACUCUUCAUAACUUAACCCCAGAUACUGCCUAUCAGGUGACACUGCUCCCUGAAUCUAAUGUUCAAUAUAUCCAACCUCAGACCAUCCAGGUCUCCACUUUGCCAGAGAUGAUUAGCCCAACUCAGAUAUUAAUAUCCGAACCAAGCAGUCACAGUUUUCGUGUAAGUUGGGGGCCAACCCUUGACAGCGUGGCUGGAUAUGAAAUCCAGUAUGGCCCGCUUCCGAGCAAUGCGGUUCAGACAGUGGAUGUAGACCGCAGCCAUAAUAGUACUGUCCUGGAAAACCUCAAAUCCAACACCACUUACUUGGUUACUGUGACUGCCUUGUACAAAUCUGGAGGGGAGAAGGCAUUAUCCGCCAUCGCUUGCACAGAAGAAAAUGACAACAUCCGGUAUCUACAUCUGGAAGACCUCGGUUCUGAUAAAGUAAAGGCGACAUGGAGCACUGCUGAAGGAGAAGUGCAGGGUUACCUUAUAAAGUGCCAGCGACAAGUUGGCUCUUUAUCAGAAGUUAGUGUGGGGCCCCAAGCUGAUAGCGUCAUUCUAAAUGAUAUGGAAGCAGGAACUACAAGCAAGAUCUGCGUUAUACCAGUUUAUGCAAAUGGAUCGGGAAAGAACUUGUGCAAGACUGUUAAGACACAACCAGUAACACGUGCAAAGGACUACCCUAGGACUAAGUGAUGUUAGGAGACUAUUGCAUCAAUAUCCCUAUAAGCUAAAGAUCCUAUGAAGAUGUAGGUGCUAACAAAAGGAACAAGUGAAGAGGUUGCUGCUGUAUCUUUAUCACUCAGAAAAGAAAAGCAUGGCACUGUGCCACAGGCCUUUCCUGCUAGUUGGGUUCAAUUGACCUGAAAGUCUUGACACUGCACAUAAUGUCACACUUGCAAGCAAAAUCUGUGAUCUCUAGGGAGCAUCUUGACCAAAAUAUGUUGAUAAGGAACCUAUAAAGUUGGAUUUGUCUGAGAUUCCAAACAAGCGCAUUUCAUCUUUGGCGCAAGAACUGGGAUUGGAAUGGAAGGUCAAGGCUCCAAACACAUUUCAUCUUUCCCUUUUGUGCAAAAAACUGGGAAGGGAAUGGAAGGAAAUAUAAAUUUUUAUUUGCAGGAAGCCAUAGUAGGGAACACUACUUUAUGACAGACUACCAACAUCCCUAAUAUCAUUCUUGCCUAGGAGAACACUGUACUUGUACAUGACCAACUGCAAAUAAGUAUUUUAGUAUUUCAUUCCAAUGGACAAAGUUCUCUGUGCCUGCCUCAACUUCAUAACUAGAGUUACAGAAAGGAGUGACACAGUUUGAUUGUGAUAAGCUUAUAAGCAUUUGUCAUGGGCACAGUGUACUUUAAGAUGAACAGUAUGUAAUGCACUGGCUCAGGGGCAGAGGAUCCCAGGUUAUGAAUUCCAGAUGUUUGCAACUUUUGAAGUUUUAUAGGUCUGUAUAGAUGCUAGUGCACAUGGGGGAGGAAGGGCAACUUGGCACUGUUGGUGAAUCGUGACAGAGAAUCCACCAUUUUUUAUAGAACCCCACCCCUACAAUCAGACAGGCUAAAAGUAAAAGUUCAGGCUGAGAUUCCAGAUAUGUUUACCCAUCAGUGUGACAUAUCUGUUUGAUGACCUGAGCUUAAAAGAUAUAUUUGGCAAGUAGUGGUUGUCAUCACUGCAUAUAAGUAGGUGUAUUAGAGGCCAUACACCUUACAUACAGUAGCUUCACUUAUUCACUUGUACAAUGAUGCUUCAGCCAGAGAGCUAGAGUCAAUUGAACUGGUCAGGUCACUGAAUGCUUGUGAAGGCCUGGAUAGGUAAACAUAUUUAUGUAGGAUGUGGAAGACCAGUGGUGUAACUAGAUGUUACUGGGCCCCACAGCAAAUUAUUUUUCAGGCCCCCAAAAUAUCUAGAGAUUGACCUGUUUUACCAAUAUUUAUUAAAAUUGUAUAUGAAUUAGGGCCUCAUGUGGCCCCAAUACUUCCUGGGCCCCCUGCAACGGCAGGGUCUGUAGAAGACAAUAGGUUGUAGAAGACAACAUGAAUGUGUCUUGAAGGCAACUGGCCAUUCCAAUUAGAGGCUAUAUAUCUUGACUAACCACCAUCUUGGAAAAGAAAGGGAAAUUGUUCUUUUUCCUCAACUCUGUAGCUAGAGCUGAACUUUGACCAGCAGGAGAAAUUUCUCAGCUCUAACAUGCAGGAUGCAUCACAAGCUAAAUGCCUCAAGUCUCUUCAGCUCAGUAUCAUCAAUUGUCAAUAACAGGAGAUGCCAUUGAUCUCUUUGGCUCACACUAGGUUCAGUGUUACUAACAAGACAUACUCAAACUCUUAUUCCUGGUAUUAAUUAUUUAUAAAGGAAAAUAAGCUUCACUGGACUCAUUGGACAGACACAAGUGGGUAGUUGAUCAAGGAGGUGCAUUAUUAAUGUUUACACAAAAAUGCCACUGCUGUUAACACUUUUCUUUUGCCACUGUAAGAUAUUUUCCACUCAGAAAUAGUAGUUUCUGCAAGGCCUCAAAGUUUUGAGGAGCGGCACCAAGCAAGCACUAGGUGGACGUGGAUUAAAUGGACACACAAGUAUGGUUUGAUGGUGACGUAGCUUACCGUCUCAGACUGUGGUCCUGUAUGUACGUACUUGCAGUUCUAGCCUUGUGUGGCGGACUGUGUCUUUUUGUCUCAUAAUGUAUAGUUCAGAAAACAAAGAGCCUAUAUUAAUGCUAAUGUCACAGCCUACUUGCAUUCUCACUGUUAAUAACACACAAGAUUAUUGUUAAUUUUGCUUGAUAUUAUUGAGGCACAUCUCCUUGCUUUUAUUAGACUGACUGUAUAUUCCCUUGCAGCAUUCCAUUCAUUGUUUUCUAUUAUGACUUUUUUAUUGCUUCUAACCCUGACAUUUUAUUAUUUCACAGCAGAAAUAAUAUUGUGGGUAGAAAAAAUAAAUGCAUAAAUAAAGCUUGAUUGUCUUU